AUGAACGUCGAAUAUUAUAAGCCAAGUUUAUUAAAUGUUUUUAGAUUUAAGGGAUCUAUCAUUCCAAAUGUUAUAUUACAAACUUUGAUUAUAACUUUAUUUACAGCUAUCAUUACUGGAGUACACAUAACGACUAAUAUUAAACUUAGUAUUCCAGAAUCAUUAAUAUUAAUUCCUGUAACUGGUUUUUCAAUUUCUCUUUUAUUAACAUACAGAUUAAAUUCUGCUUGUAAUACAUAUAUGGAGAGUCGUAAAACCUGGUCAGGAGUAGUAGUUUGUAUUAGAAACAUAACAAGACUUAUUUGGGUAGAUAUUAGAAGUGCUAAUGAAACAGAUAAAAAGGAAGAAAAAGAAAUCUUGAUAGAAAAGAGAGCUGCUAUAAGACUCCUUGUAGGAUUUGCAUUUGCUUUAAAACAUUUUCUACGUGGAGAGGAUGGAAAUAUUUUGGAGGAUAUUAAACCUUAUUUGAGUGUAAGAUCACAUUUACCCGGAUUUGAAAUUUUAAAUCAGCUUGAAAUAAUUACAGAUAAUCAAACACCUAAAACUUUACACUUUAUUAACAAGAAAAAGCAACCAGUACAACCAUUUAUAGAUUUAAAACAUAAUCUUCCGUUAGAGAUUACUCUUUAUAUUUCUAGCUAUGUUACAACACAGUUUCGAAAAAAAAGAAUUGAAGUUCCAAUGGCUAAUGUUUUAUUAGCGAUGAUUAAUGAAAUGGUUUUAUAUAUAACACGCUUUGAAAGAAUUUUGAAAACACCACUUCCUCUUGCUUUUUCUAUCCAUUUAUACCAAACAUUAUGGAUUUAUUGUUUAAGUUUACCUUUUCAAUUUGUUGCUAUUGUUGGUUGGUUGACUAUUGUUAUUGUGUUCUUUGUAGCUUUUAUUUUAUUUGGUGUUGAAAGAAUCGCUGCUGAAGUCGAAAAUCCUUUUGGUGAUGGUUAUAAUCAUUUCGAUUUGGAUUAUUUUUGCGAAACGAUUAAACGGGAAGUUUCCGAUAUCUUAAAACAUGAACCACCAGAUGAUAGUCAUUGGGUAUUUGAUUUUGAAAGUAGUUCAUUUACAAAUGAUAUUACGCAAUCUAAGGAGGAUGUGAACGCAAAUAAUGAAAUUCAUGAAUGA